AACCAAGCUUCUCAUUGACCAAUCUACUCUCUCUCCUUGUAAGAUGGUCCAACACACCCGGAGGUGUGUAACGUGUGCUGUGCACAGCUGUGGGUGGUUCCUCUUAGCCCUUUCUGUGCGUAUGCCUGAGUGAGACAUAGGUGUGCUAAACAGGCACAUUUUUUUCUCUAUUCUUAGAGCACUAUUUUUGCUCCCUGCGCUUUUGCUGAUUAUCUUCGCAAGUGUUUAAUUCACAACUGUUGAGAGUCUGCCGACCGGGCAGUUUGAUUCUAACAGUUUCUUCCUUGCUUGACUGAGGUGGGAGGGGCCGAUGGGAUCAUAGUACUCUCCCUCUUUCUCUCUUUUACACACACCCCCUCUCACUGCAGCUCUGCCAGUCCGGACUAUGCUCACUUCCAAGGAAGGCUGAGUAAAGGAGAGCACAGUUUUCCUUUUCUGAGUUUUUCCUUUGCCUCUGAGAACGUUUGAGAAGAAAGAAGAAACUCUUUUGAUUAGGAGGGAAGUUAGCUAAACAACAGCGGACAAACGCAGAACAGCAGGUUGUAUUUAUUUUUAGCGUCUUUUUUUAUUGAAUUGGUAGCACGUGGCAGCAGGCUCUGCCACAGGACUGAGGUCAUUCAGUGAUUUGUUCUUCUUUGGAAAAGCUGUUCCUGUUUAUUCAGACGCUGCACGACUAAGGAAGCACAAUGGUUGCUGGAAUGGUAAUGCCCCUGGACAACCUGAAGGCCAUCUAUGAGCAUCUGUUUCGGGAUGGUGUCAUUGUGGCCAAGAAAGACAAGCGGCCUCAGACCAAGCACCCUGAGAUUCCUGGCGUGGAUAACCUGCAGGUGAUAAGAGCCAUGGGCUCGCUGAAGUCCAGGGGGUAUGUGAGGGAGACCUUUGCGUGGAAGCAUUACUACUGGUACCUUACUAACGAAGGGAUUGUCUACUUGCGCGAUUACCUGCAUUUGCCUCCGGAGAUCGUUCCCACGCCGCUGCAGAGAGUACAACGGCCAGCCGCCUCUGGCCAUCGCCCGCAGGGCAGAACGGGUUCAAACGGUUCAGGGUCCAACGUCUUAUGUUCCCAAACCCGGCCGGAUGGGUGCAGAAAAGCAAGAGGCUUUGCUGGAUCGACAGGAGUACCGUCGCAAAAUGGUGAGCAGGGAUGAGGCUGAAAUGACUGAAUCCAAUGAGAGAACACCAAGAUUUAGAGGUCGUCCAAUGGCUAGCGCUCAGAUCAGACCAUGGGAAUCCAAAGAGCAGCCCAUGCUUUCUGAGACCCGCGAUUACACCAGAGAGAUGCAACCAAGUGUUA